UUUUAAACGUUACUACAGCCGGCGGCGAUAUUUUACACACACUCAACUAUUUUACACACACUCAACAUGUCCGCGGCAGGUUUAAAAUGUCCCAGCUGCGGUUCUCCAAACGUCGUGGAGGACGACUUGCACGCACAACGGCAGCUGGUUUGUGUCGACUGCGGCGCGGUGGUGUCGGAGGGGCUUUUGACCCAUGAUACCUUCGAAGGCAGAGAUGUAAGCUACAGUUGGACAGCAGCCGUGGCUAAAAAGCCCUGUCUAAACCAGAUAAACGGCCAGCAGCGAGUCAAAGCCAUAUGCCGAGCUCUCCGGGUCAACAAGGAGAUCGAGGACCUAUCGAAGACGUACUUUGCGCAGGCCUACGAGCACCAGAGUUUCAUCUACGUCAGCCUGCAGAAGAAGGAGAACCUGGCCGGCUGCUGCGUCCUGCUCAGCUGCAGGCAGCUCGAUUGGCCCAUCACCAUGGGAACCAUCAGCUGCCUACUAGAGGCGGACACGUUGAUGGUGGGGGCUGUUUACCAGGAAUUGAUCAAGAGUCUCAAGAUCCAGGCGCCGCUCGUCAACGUCACCGACUUAAUGGAGGCACAUUGUCAAGAAUAUAAAAUAACCCCCCAUGACGUGCAUGAAGACCUUGCCGAGGACCACCGUGAUUUGAACAAACGAGCCCUGGCCUUGGUGGAAGUGGCCGCCGACUCCUUGAUCGUGACAGGACGCAAACCCAUCCCCUUGAUGAUGGCCACGGUCUUCCUGGCCUGGCAGUCCUUGAACCCCAACCGGGUUCGCCUCAAAAUGACCCUGGAGAAGUUCUGUCUCAUCGCCAAGAUGAGGAAGCACAAGGCGGCCAUGACGAGAGUGGCCGAGAUAAAAGGGGCGCUCUGCAAACUGGGCAAGGAGAUCCCCUGGGUCACGGACGCGGUGACUCCGGAGAACGUCGUCAAGCACGUGGAGGAUAUCGUCAAGAACAGGUCCGCUUUGUUACGGAGCGCUUUGAGGACCCAUGAGGCGGCUUUGCAGCAGGACAGCGACGAGCCGACAACCCCCGAAAAGGCCGAGCAGCCAGCAGACGACGAGAGUGAAGCUGCUCAACGUCCACAACCAAACUGGGGGAACAGGGUGCUUUUCGCACCCCCGUGCGUGACUCGCCCCAAGAAAAGGAAAGUGGAACCGGAAAGUCUGAAAGAUGUGACGGGUGACGAGGACAUCUCUGAUGGGGAGAUCGAUUCGUACAUUCGCACCCCGCGGGAGGCCAGGGAGUUCGCUUUGUCACAGGCGGCGUUACUGGCGCAGAGUGAGACCAGCAAAUGAGGUCAGUGAGGAAUGACGCUGUAGUCCAUACACAAAAUGAUGUACGUUUAUCCCAAAUUAUUGCAGUACACUAGCUGCAUCCCCACCAAAAAAUAGACACUAUAAUGUGCAAGGUCAGCAAAAUUAAGCACAUAACAUUACGGAUAUAUUUGUAUUUAUUGUUUGUAAUUAUGUUAUAUUAUUGCAAGUUUCUCAGCACAUUAUGUUAAGUAAUGCAACUUUUUGUAUAUGGUGUUUAAAAGAAAGAAAU